CUGGAUAGAAAGUGAUUGACUUGUGAUUGAAAAAAAAAAAUCAAAAGGAGAAUCUUUAAUAAUUGAUUGGAUUCGUCAUCAAAUGUAUAUUAAACUCAGAUAUGAUAGAUAACGUUACGAAAAAUCAUAAAACAUGAAGAUGAGUGACAGAUAUACUCGUCGUACGCGUGUCGCUUAGAUGUAAUGAAAAUGACGUAUCCCGGAUUAGUAUUACUUGUCGGAGUUGGAGUUGGAAUAGCGACUUUUCUGUAUUAUGUGUUUACUGAAAAUAACCGCACGGAUGGAUUAUCGUAUUCGAGAAACAACAGAUCGUCCGAAGAUCAUUACGAAGAUCGUUCUUGGUCGGCAUCGUCGCAUCCAACUGAAAAUGUACUAUUAAGUAGAAGAAGUUCAUCAAAUUCUUUGAAAAGUAAUAAAGAAAGAAGAGACCUCGCGACAAGUAAAGAUGAUAUAAACAAUUGUUCAAUCUGCCAAUAUGCAUUAGUUGAUUCGGAUGUAAUACAAUUACAUCCUUGUAGACAUAAUUUUCACAAGGAUUGCAUUAUUGAAUUGACAAAAUAUGAUCCUGGGGCCCUUUGCCCUAAUUGCAGAAGAAAAUUUAAACCCGCGAUAUAAAAACACGCAUCGUAUAUUAUGCGAUACUGUUUGAAUCAUUUUCUACGGUUGUUUACAAAUAUUAAUCAUUACGUGGUUGUUUCACAAUUUUAUCACAGUUGGAGUAUUUUCGCGAUAUAUUCAAAGCAAUAUGAA